CAUUCGAGUAUCGAGACUAAGGUAGCACAAUCUAGAAACAAACUUUGGCAAUAGACCCAUCUGAAUUUUUAUUUUUAAUAACUCCUAUAUAUAAAGGAUCGUCAGAUCAGUCUUAGUUUAUUUUUCCUAGAGCAACGAAACGUAUAAGUGAAUUGACAUUUUUAAUAAAAGUGCUAAUAAUUUCUUAUCAUGUCUCAAAAAAGUGCAAAUGGACAAGGAUCUCCUGAAAAGUAUCAAAUCCUUCAAAAUGAACAAGUGGGGAGAUACUUAGUUGCAAGCAAGGAUUUGGAGCCUGGCGAGGAAAUAUUAUCAGAAACACCUUUUGUCGUUGGACCCAAGGCUUUUACAUAUCCCUUGUGUCUUUCUUGUUAUUCUCCCUGGCCACGACUUCCUGACACCCAAACACUUUGCUCUAAGUGCAGUUGGCCAGUUUGUGGUCCAGAAUGUGAAAGCCAUCCUCAUCAUAAAAAUUAUGAAUGCCAGGUUUUUGCUGAAUUGGGUGAAAAAUUUAAUGUGUCUGAAGCUCUGAGUGAAAACCUGCAAACUGGAGUUCCACAAUUGGAAUGCAUAACGCCACUCAGAUUGCUUUUGGCUUCAGAAAAAGAUCCUGAAAGAUGGAAUAAAGAAGUGAAAGACAUGGAAGCACAUAAUAAACAAAGGAGCCAAUCAGUCCAAUGGAAAGCUGACCAUGUCAAUAUUGUUGAGUAUUUGAGAAAUCGCUUAAAACUAACCACGUUUUCAGAAGCGGAAAUUCAGACGGCUUGUGGAAUUCUGGAGAUCAACACUCACGAAAUUCGUACAAAAAAAGGAUAUCCAGCUCGAGCUCUUUACCCAAAAGUUUCCUUAAUGAAUCACAAUUGUGUUUCAAAUACAAGCCAUGGAAUUUCAACAACUGAUUACAAAGUGUAUUUGAGAACAAGUACAAAAGUUCCAAAGGGUGGCGAAUUAUAUGGAAGCUACACGCCUUCUCUUCUUCCCACAAUGUUGAGAAGAGAACAUCUUCUCGAGUCAAAACAUUUUUCCUGUGCUUGUAACAGAUGUUCAGAUCCAACAGAAUUAGGAACUCACAUGUCUUCUCUAAAAUGCAGCAAAUGCGAUAAUGGAAUCGUUGUACCUUUAGAUUCUUUAGAUUGUGAAAGUAUUUGGAAAUGUACACACUGUGAAUUUACAACGAGUGGACCAGCAGUCUUGAAAGUAUUUAGAAUCAUUCAAUCUGAUGUAGAAAAUGCUGAAAUGAUUAGUGGAGCGGAAGGAGCAGAUGCUGUGCAUCAAAGAGAGACUGUUCUUAAAAAAUAUCACUCUGUUUUGCACCCUCGUCAUGCUUUUCUGACAAUUUUGAGGUUUUCCUUAUGCCAAAUGUACGGACGUGUAGAUGAAUACUUUUUGGAUGAUUUGCCAGAUAUUUUACUUGAACAUAAAGUCGAAAUGUGCAGAAUAUUACUUCAAGUUCUAGAUGUGGUAGAACCUGGUUACUCUCGAUCAAGAGGAAUGAUCUUAUAUGAAUUACACGCACCCCUGUUGUUUUUGGCUAAAGGACAAUGGAAUUCGGGUACAAUUGAUAAUGCGGGCCUAAAGUCAAAAAUGAUUGAAGCUGCAACUAUUUUAAAAGAUGCAGCCACGAUUUUGAGUUUGGAACCUCCAGAUACACCAGAAGGAGAAAUUGGAAUUGGUGCCAAAGAAGCCUUGAUUCAGUUGGAACAAUCAAUCAGCGAAUUAAGAAUUAUGUCGACAAAUAAACAUUCUAAAUGUCCUGUCACGCCGGUUUUAAAAUAUAAUAUUUGCCAUUCAGAGACUCUUGGAAGAUAUUUAGUAGCAACAAAAAACAUCUCACCGGGUGAAGUCAUAAUUCGAGAAGAUGCCGUGGCUGUUGGGCCGGCGACUUUUAAUAAAUCUUUCGUAUGUUUUGCUUGCUUGAGACUUCUUUCAUUACCUAAAAAAAGGUCCCACUAUAUUUGCUCAAAGUGUAAUGUGGCCACAUUCUGCGAUCGCGUAUGCGAGAAUUCGGUGGGUUAUCAUUCAGAAAAUGAAUGCAGUAUUCUAAAAAGCAACAGGACAUUUUGUAUAGAAAAUAUUCCACAAAUUAUUGGGAUUCUGAUACACAUUAGAUUGUGGCUUAUUAAAUUUCAAAAUACAAACUUAUGGAAAGAAAUAGAACAAAUGGAGAAUCAUAUCAAUGAAAGGAGAAACACGGAAUUGUGGAAAGAUAGAGAAGAAAAUGUUGUAAAGGUUUUUAGAAGAAUGUUAUUGAUUCCGGAAAGUGACGAGAAUGCGGGAGACUUAGUGCAAAAAAUCUGCGGUAUUUUGGACGUAAACUCGUUUGAACUGAGAUCUCCAGGAGGUCUCGGCGAGUCUCUCCUUCGUGGACUUUAUCCACAGACUUCAUUGAUAGCUCAUGACUGUAGAGGAAAUACACACAUCACAGUCGACGAUAAAUUUCAACUGACAGUUUUCGCAAGUCUGUCAAUUCAAGAAGGGGAGAUUAUCUAUUUUAACUAUACUUCCUCAUUAUCGGGUUCAGCAGAACGAAGAGAACAUCUUCGAGAAGGAAAAUAUUUUGAAUGUGCAUGUCGUGCUUGCCUUGAUCCUUUCGAAGGAGGCUCUCACCUUAGUUCAAUUAUGUGUCCAAGAUGUAGAAAAGGUUACUUAGCAGUGAAAGAUCCCUUGGUGAGCAACCCUUAUAAAAAAGAAACCAUGUGGCACUGCCAAAUCUGUGAAAGACUCUUUCAUGGAUGUUUAAUACGAAGAACUUUGGAAGUAUCAAGGGCAUUAAUAAACGAAAUCGAAGACACUGAUAUCAAGAUACUAGAACAUUUGUUGAAGACAUUAACUAAGACAUUUCACACGAAUCAUUUUCUGGUUUUGAGUCUAAAACAGAAAUUACUGACUGAAUAUAGAAGAGAAUUAUCUUCCCCUAGUCCUCAGAAGAAAACUUUGUUACGCAUGUUGGAACUUUGCAAAGAGAUAUUCAAUGUCCUGGAAAUUGUCGAACCGGGCAUUUCGAGGCUUAAGGGUAUAAUGCUGUACGAAAUGCAUUUUCCUGUGGCUAUUUUGGCAAAUCAGGCCUAUGCAGCUCAUGAAAUUUCCUCCCAGGAUCUCCUUUCAAAAUUAGAAGAAGCUGAGGGACUUUUGAAAAAAUCUCUGAAAAUGCUACUUUUGGAACCAGCAACGACUCCAGAAGGAAUGUUGGCUAAAAGAGCUCUUCAAGAACUCAAAGUUUUAAUUCAAAAUAUAGAAGAUGUGAAAUCUCUUCUGCUGGACGAAACAAACACAAGAAACUAUAAGAAUAAAAGGAAUAAUUUUCGAAAACAAUGUAGAUAAUGAUAUGCAAAAAUGUAAGAAAGUAAAAUUAUCGUAAUUAUAGUAUUCAGGCACUCACAGCAAUACACAUAAAA